AUGCCGCUUUCUACUAAUUUCCGACGUGAAAUGCUGCGAUCUAUAAAAGAUGCCAAAAAAAGCAAAGAUGAUCAAGACACUUCUAAUAACACACAAAAGAACAAUCCAGACCAAAACCUUGAUAACAAUGGAAGUUCAAAGAAAGACGGAAAUUCCAAAGCUGUUACCAAAACUGCUUCACCCGGUCCAGCUAAUAAUACCAAUACGAUAAUUAGAAACGUUUACUUUGCUUAUUAUAGACUUCAUUGUUUGGAAAUAUAA